GCCAGCAACUCCGCGCUCCGCGCUGCGCUUGGUGCUUAUUCUCGGUCAGGUCGUCGGUCGUCAGGUGCGGAUUUUGCAUAAAUCAAUUGGCACAAAUCUGCAAUAUUCAGCACCAAUCUUGCGUGCGGAUCUAUUUUCAAGAGCAUUUGUAUUUAUUCGUAAAGCAUACGUCGUGCUAUGCUCGUUUGUAAUCCGAUUUCUUGUUAAAAAUUUGCCGGUACAAACCUAAGCAGUCCAAGAUGUCUGACGCCGAAGAGGACUUCAUGUGCGAGGAUGAAGAAGAUUAUGGGCUGGAAUAUUCUGAAGAUAGCAACUCUGAGCCGGACGUUGAUUUGGAAAAUCAGUACUACAACUCUAAAUCUUUAAAAGAGGAUGAUCCUAAUGCUGCCCUGGCUUCGUUUCAAAAGGUUUUGGAUUUAGAAGGUGGUGAGAAAGGAGAAUGGGGUUUCAAAGCACUCAAGCAGAUGAUCAAAAUCAACUUUAAAUUGAGCAAUUAUAAGGAGAUGAUGGUCAGGUAUAAGCAACUGCUUACUUACAUCAAGAGUGCAGUCACAAGGAACCACAGUGAGAAGUCUAUCAAUUCAAUUUUGGACUACAUCUCCACUUCUAAAAAUUUUGAUUUCCAGAUGGAACUUCUCCAAGACUUUUAUGAAACUACUCUAGAUGCGUUGAAAGAUGCCAAGAAUGAUAGAUUAUGGUUUAAAACUAACACUAAGUUGGGGAAAUUGUAUUUUGAUAGAGAGGACUACACAAAGCUUGCCAAAAUUCUAAAGCAACUUCACCAAUCAUGCCAGACUGAUGACGGAGAGGAUGACUUGAAGAAGGGCACCCAGUUGUUAGAAAUUUACGCCCUUGAGAUUCAGAUGUACACAGCUCAGAAGAACAACAAAAAGCUCAAAACACUUUACGAGCAGUCAUUGCACAUUAAGUCGGCCAUCCCCCAUCCUUUAAUCAUGGGCGUCAUUAGAGAAUGUGGGGGUAAAAUGCAUCUGAGAGAGGGCGAGUUUGAAAAAGCCCACACAGAUUUCUUCGAGGCGUUCAAAAAUUACGAUGAGUCGGGUAGUCCAAGACGUACCACAUGCCUCAAAUACUUAGUACUUGCAAAUAUGUUAAUGAAAUCGGGCAUCAAUCCCUUCGAUUCCCAAGAAGCCAAACCUUAUAAAAACGAUCCUGAAAUUCUAGCAAUGACUAAUCUAGUUUCAGCCUACCAAAAUAAUGACAUUAAUGAGUUUGAAAAAAUCCUUAAGGAGAACAGAAAGAACAUCAUGUACGACCCUUUCAUUAGAGAGCAUAUAGAAGAUCUUUUGAGGAAUAUAAGAACUCAGGUUCUGAUCAAGCUUAUCAAGCCUUAUACUAGAAUACACAUCCCAUUUAUUUCGAAGGAAUUGAACAUUGAUGCCAAUGAAGUUGAAAGUCUCCUAGUGUCGUGCAUUCUUGACAAUGUGAUAAGAGGAAGAAUUGACCAGGUGAACCAAGUUCUGGAGCUGGACAGGCAGUCGCUGGGUGCUGCUAGGUACUCUGCGCUUGACAAGUGGACGGGCCAGUUGGCAAGUUUACACCAGGCUGUGGUCAACAAGAUGGCCUAGCUGUAGUGGUCGUGGCCACUGUGCCAGUGAUCUGGACACAUUGCGAUUCAUGACUGAGCUAGUGGUUGUUCCAUGGUUUAACCGUUUUACUUUCAACUCUAUUUGUCAAUACACGCUGCUGCCUGUUUUUUUUUUUUUUUUUAUGAUUC